AUGAGCAUAGCUGAACUAGGAAAUUAUGCUGAAGGAUUGGUUAAAAAUUUGAAAGAUGCAAAGGCCCGUGAUCAUGCACGAAAUCGAUUCCAGAAAUUAGGAUUUAGUAAUGAUCAAACAUAUUCUUUAAUUCCUAUCCAAACUUCUGGAAGACGCGUUACGGGUAGAGAUCCAGUUAAAAAACUUGCUUUGUAUAUUAAAGAGAAUGAAGAUAAUCUUGAAGCCGAAGAAAUAAAUGAACUAGCCUAUAAUUUGGCAAAAACAGGACCUACUGUCAUAGCCCAAUCUUCACUUCUUAAAUUACUUCGAAAAAAAUUACUCCAACUCAAUGCCAAAUACCUUACAUUAGAAGCUACAUAUGUCUCAGCCAUUACUCAUGCAUCAAAUAAAGAACAAGGAAGAAGACAAGAGCUUCGUGAAGAUGAGGGAUUUGAUUGUCCUGAAUUCUUUAUUCUAGAAAAAGUACAGAGGCGUCUUCAAAAAUGUGAUACAGCUAACCCCCCCCACAAUGCAAAAUUUAAUCGAUUUAAUGGUAAUGCUAUGUAUGAGGCCAGCAGAUGUGAGAAAUCUUCAUAUAGAGCA